AUGACCACAGAGCGCAGACGCCAAUCGCGCAACACUUUGGGAAAUGUAGUCCUGAGAGUUGGUCCGAAAAGAUUGGAAGGAGUUAACUGGCUUUGCGCUGAGCUGUGCAAAAACGCAUUGGAUUUUAGUUCUGAUAUUGUUUGCAGUUUCACACGCUCACCGGUGCCACGAUUAGGAAGAAGCGGGAAUAGCAGCACGAAAAGCGCGCGAGGGGCGUCGGCUCGAAAGCUGGAGGAGCUGCACGUGACAGAGCGCGAGGGAUUCGGUGACAGCUCGAGAAGGCGGCGACAGGUUCACAGAGAUCCAGAGGAUCCAAAUAGCAUAAUUGAGUCUUACCAGUUUAAGUUCAAGUACACUGCGGAUGGACCAAAGCUGGAUAUUUUAAGCAAAAACAAGCAAGUAAGCCUUCAAGAUACAAAGAAAGCCUCCAUUCUGCUCAUUCGUAAGCUGUUUGUCUUAAUGCAGAGCCUAGAAAUACUUCCUAAUGAUGUGUCUCUGACAAUGAAACUCUUCUAUUAUGAUGAAGUGACACCUCCUGAAUACCAGCCGCCAGGGUUUAAACAAGGUGAGUGUGAUGCUGUGUGGUUUGAGGGAACCCCAGUCCAUUUUAAAGUUGGUGAUGUGCCGACUCCAUUCCAUAUGAUGAAAGUGAGGGUCACCACAGAGAAAGAGACAAUGGAACAGCUGGAGAAGGAGAAUAUGCUAAAUGAGGAAACCGAAACUUCAGUACAAGGAAUGGAGGAAGUCAAGUCCAUACUGAACGACAGAAAUUCUCCAUUCUACCAAAAUAUUACAGCCCAUUCUGAACUUCAGAGGAGUGUGACUAAUGAGCAGUCAUUCAGUGAGUCAGAGAAAGAGAUAAAGCAAUUGGUUGCCAAGGCAGCAGAGCUGGAUGUGUCAGGCAAAAGAUUAAAACUUAGAAAAGUGCUGAUGCAGAAAGAUGACUCACAGGAUAAUGGCAUAGGACAUGAGGAACCUCAAAAGUUGAGCACUACACAGACCGUAAAAGCUGUUCGAGCUAAAAAAACUAUCUCUGAACUUCAUAAGGCAACAUGUGAAUCUGCUACGCUUCAAGAGAAGAUUACAAAGCGAAGGAGGAAAAAUUGAAACAUGAUCUGACAAUAUUGGGCACAAUUCAUAAUUUGUGACAGCAUUAUUUAACCAUUAAUUUAGUUAGAUUUUUAAUAUAUUGAACUGCAUGUCAACAAAAUAUAUAUUCACCCAGAAAUUUAAUUAGUCAUUGUUGUUACUACUUUGGUUAUAUCUGUAUAAAAUAUAUUUGGAGUAAUUCAAAUGAAAUAA